AUGGCGAAGAAUGGGCGAUAUUCGAGUAAGGGACGUAGUGGGACCGUCGCAUGCUCCUACCUGAUCAGUCAAGAGGGUUGGCGUUUGGAAGAUGCGCUCAAGCGAUUCACUGUCCGACGAAUGAGAGCUGGUUUUGGCGAAGGUGUCAGCAUUCCUAGUCAGCUCAGAUGGGUUCGGUAUGUCAACACAUGGACAAAUCAACUACAGAAGAAGUACAUCGAGCGUCCGGUCGAAGUUGUGGAGGUUCACGUUUGGGGCCUUCGUAGCGGAGUCAAAGUCUGUGUCGAGGGCUUUAUCGACGAAGGAAGACGUAUCAAGAACUUCCACACUUUUGUUCGUGAGGAGAAGAUCCCAGUGGACGACGGGUCUAGUAUACUACAUGUCGAUGAGCCUCCCGCCAAGAAACAUACAGAAACACUCGUGUCACCUACUGGAAGCACACCGAGCUCGUCCAAGAAUGACCUGUCCACACCAGCCAAGGAAGCUUCCCAAAACGUCAUCUUAAGACCUUCGAAGCCUCUACGCUUGGAAACCAGUGACAUCAAUAUCGAUUUCGAGCGACGCAAUAAAUCAACUUAUACUGGAUUCGCCAUGGUAACAGCGAUAGCCCAUGUCUGGUUCAAUGUCCACUUUGAAGGAGGUGCUAGUGGUAAUGAGUCAGGAGUAUUUGAGAUCGACUGGGAAGCCAUGGAUGGCAUCAAGGGAAGUGCUCGUAAAGGUAUCAAAUGCCUCGACAAGCUCAAGGUAGUAUGGAAAUACUCGGAUGCAGGACGUAGCCAGUCUAUCGAUGAGCCAGAGAUUGGUGAGCCCAUUAAGGAGGGCAAGCCAGCGAACUGGCGCGGCAACGGAGAUCCUGAGAACGAUAUAGAGAAUAAAGAUGCUGGAGGUGUCAACAGUGGACGUGCUGGUGGUGCGGCACUUACACUGGGUCAAAUGACUAGUGAAGCGGUCAACAAGCUCACAGGUAAGGACUUGGGCUUGAGAGAGUCGGAUGUCGCAAGUGCAAAUGUCAGCCGUGCGUCCAGUGUAAUAGAGCAAGGAAACGAAUCUCGACAUUUGCACGGACAAGGACCAACCUCGCAACAAUCCGACCCGGACAACGACUAUGGUGUGAAAUCCGACGUUACUGAAGAGCAUGGGCAAUCGAGUGAGACUAUCGUGCACGAGAGUCACGACCAUGAUCGCCAGGAUACCACGACCGGCAAGUAUCUGGAGAUAGGCAUUGCUAAAGUGUCGACCAUACUAGCAAAGAUGAAGGGCUCGGAAAACGAUCAUCAAGUUAGUAAAGAGCCUUCUUGA